AUGUCUUCUUCCUCUGGAAACACUUUUUAUGAUUUGAAAACAGAGUUGCCUAGCGGGCAAACGUAUGACUUUGAACAGCUCAAAGGGAAGGUUGUAUUGAUUGUCAAUGUUGCGUCGAAGUGCGGUUUCACUCCCCAAUACAAAGGCCUUCAGGCUUUGUACGACAAGUACAAGGAACGUGACUUCGUCAUUCUCGGUUUCCCAUGUAACCAAUUUGGCGGCCAAGAGCCUGGCGAUGAUGCCGCCAUUGCAUCUUUCUGCGAGCUCAAUCACGGAGUGAACUUUCCUCUUAUGAAAAAGUCUGACGUAAACGGUGACAACACGAACCCUGUUUACCAAUGGCUCAAGAAUGAGAAGCCUGGGCUCAUGGGCCUCUCCAGAAUUAAGUGGAACUUCGAGAAGUUCUUGAUUGACAAGAACGGAAAAGUCUUGAAUCGCUGGGCAUCGACAACUACUCCUCAGGCGAUUGAUGCUACAGUGGAGAAGCUUCUUGCUAAGUGA